GGAUAAAGAGGGCAGGCUGUGGAGGGCCCGGGGCAUCAGGCGCACAGAGAGGACAGGCCGGGAUGACUCCGAAGACGGUGCUCACAGGCUUCGCUGUCCUGGUGCUGCUGCAGAGCUGCUCUGCAUACAAACUGGUCUGCUACUACACCAACUGGUCCCAGUACCGGCGUGGAGAGGGGAGCUUCCUCCCGGACGCCAUCGACCCCUCCCUCUGCACCCACGUCAUCUACAGCUUCGCCAACAUCAGCAACAACGAGAUCGACAUCUGGGAGUGGAAUGACGAGACGCUCUACGAGUCUCUGAACCGGCUCAAGGCCAGGAACCCCAACCUGAAGACCCUCCUGUCUGUUGGCGGAUGGGGCUCUCGUCGUCGUCAAAGGUUCUACCAGGUGGUGUCCACCCCCGAGAGCCGCAGGGCCUUCAUCAGCUCCGUGCCGCCCUUCCUGCGCACCCACGGCUUUGACGGGCUGGAGAUCUCCUGGGUCGGGCCUCAGCGGAGGGACAAGCAGCCUCUCGCCACCCUCAUCAAGGAAAUGAAGGAAGAAUUCUCCCGGGAGGCGGGGCCAGAGCCCAGCCGGCAGCCGCUCCUGCUGAGUGCCGCGCUAUCUGCAGGGAGGGUGGCCAUCGACACUGGCUACAAUGUGGCCCAGAUGGCCCCAAACCUGGACUUUAUCAGCCUCCUCACCUACGACUUCCACGGGUCCUGGGAGUCGGUGACCGGCCACCACAGCCCCCUGUUCCGGGGCCAGAAGGACUCACGUUCCGACAGGUUCAGCAAUGCCGACUAUGCGCUGAGCUACAUGGUGCGGCGGGGGGCCCCGGCCUCCAAGCUGCUGAUGGGCAUCCCCUCCUUCGGGAGGACCUUCACUCUCAGCUCCGCCCUCACGGACGUGGGCGCCCCUGUCUCCGGGCCUGGAGAGCCGGGCCGCUUCACCAAAGAUCCGGGGAUGCUGGCCUACUAUGAGAUCUGCGACUUCCUCCAAGGAGCCACGGUCCACAGGCUUGACCAGCAGGUCCCUUACGCCACCAAGGGCAACCAGUGGGUGGGAUAUGAUGACCAGGAGAGCGUCCGGAAGAAGGUGCAGUACCUGAAGAACAAGCAGCUGGGGGGCGCUGCCGUGUGGGCACUGGACCUGGACGACUUCGGGGGUCACUUCUGCGGCCAGAACGUGCGCUUUCCCCUCAUCGGUACCAUCAAGGAUGCACUGGCGGCACCUUAGCCCUCGGCCGCUGCUCAGCUGCCCCACGAGCCCUCACAUCCCUCCCACGAGCCCGAGAAGGGACAGAGGGGACGGAAGAGGCUGGGGGACACAGGGGCAGAGACCAAUGCCCACCCUGCAGAGGAGGAGAACGCACAGUGUCUCCAGGGCCCCUGCAGGUGGAUUUCUGCAACUCCUCCCCGCCAGCCAAUGGCUCUGCCACUGACCUGUCACCCCACUCCACCCCCACCCUGCAUGGCUGAGCCACAGGGACGCUGCCCGCUGCCCAGC